AUACAUAGACAAGCACACACGCACUAACGCACACGCACACACAUACAUACGAAUACACCUGCAAUCACAUGUGAAAGCUCGCACACUGACACGUAAAAGUGCAGAGAGACACGCCUUUCUGUGGAUCUAUUCAGUGCCGUACACAAAUCAAUGGAUUAAGACACACACACACACACACACACACACAUACAUACACAUACACACACACACACAGCACUCACACACACAUACACACAUAGGUGUGCGUGUAUAUUCACGCGUACAUACAUACGUAUAUUUGUACACAUAUCGUUCUCAACGCGUGGAUGCACCUCACGUUUACAAUACUAAACAUACUGCAUAUUCCACACGCACAAGCACAUACGCUUCACACGCGCACACAGACACACGCGCGCGCACACGCACGCUCACUCACAUACGUUCGCAGACGAAGAGAACCAUUCGCACAUUCACACAGCGCUAUACCUCACCGUUCUCCACUGCACUGUACACAUAACAAGCUCGCGCGCGCACACAGACACAAAAAAGACAUACCGUGCACAUCAUAAACACCAAAAGCUUCCACCGGACUCAUUUCAGAGCGGUCGGUGACGGUGGAAAAUAAGAAUAGCAAAAGUAAAAAGCACGCAUAAUAAAGCGAGCCACAGUGGAUGGAGGGCGGUAGGUAUAUCCAGCAGAACAGAGCAGACCUACGAAAAUCCCAGGUGAAAUUCUUUAAGCUGCGCCCCAUGAAGGCAAGCGUUCGUUCAAUGGUUGUUAUCAGACAACAGGUGUUGGCUACGAUUUUGUUCUUCGUAGCUGGGGUUAGUUCGGAUUUACAUAUAAUCGGAUUGUUUCCCACGACGACUGAAAGGGAAGCUGGUGCCAUAGGACGUGGGGUCCGUCCAGCUGUAGAACUUGCUAUAGAGAAAGUGAACUCCGAUCCGGGAAUCUUACCUCACUGGAACCUUACUGUAAAUUGGAACGACACUAAGUGCGACAUGGCUGUUGCUACCCGCUUAUUCUUUGAUAUGAUGCAUGAAAACACAACUAAAAUCAUACUAUUUGGUGACGCAUGUUUUAACGUGACAGGACCAAUGGUGCAAAUUUCAAAAUGGUGGAAUAUGUCGCAGUUAUCUUAUGCUGACACAAAUCCUUUAUUGUCAGAUCGAAAGGAAUAUGAAAAUUUUUUCCGAACAGUACCCAGUGAUAGCGAUUUUAAUCCGGCCAGACUUGCACUUUUGAAGCUUUUCCAAUGGUCCCGAGUUGGGACCCUCUUUGAAGAUACAUCCGAACAUGGAUAUUCGAUCAACAGAUUGGUGAGUUUACUUGAAAAGAACAACAUUACUAUUAUAAAAGUACAGAGCUUUGCCGAUGAUGCUGAUACAGCACUGCAAAAUUUAAAGGAGAAAGAUGUUCGUAUCAUUCUCGGAAACUUUUCUCCCCAGAUGGCUCCAAACGUCUUUUGUAAUGCCUACAAAAGAGGGAUGUACGGACCAAAGUAUCAGUGGAUAAUCCUUGGUGGUUAUCCAGAGGAUUGGUGGACACAGAGUGAAGAAAAUUGUACACAAGAGCAAAUCAAUGAGACAAUCCAUGGUUACAUUGCAACAGAUAUCCUCCCACUCAGUAGCAGCAAUUUAGUUACGGAUUCUGGUUGGACGCCAGCAACAUACCUGGACAAAUACAACAAUAAACGAGGAAACGAAUAUAGCAAAUUUCAUGGUUACGCAUUUGACGGAAUCUGGGUGAUUGCAAAAGCAUUUGAUCGUCUGGCGAGAAAGCGGAAACGGCGACAUACACCUUUAGUCUUUACUCGUGAGGAAGUUACUGCAGCUCUAAAUGCAACAAAUUUUCUUGGUGUGACGGGAACCGUCCGUUUCAACAGAGGAGAUCGAGUAGGCGGUAUUCUCUUUGAACAAUUUCAAGGUGGGAAAAUGGUUAGAAUAGGUGAAUAUUACCAACUAGAUGACCAUUUAAACUUAUCAGAUUGGAAUAAAAUCAUUUGGAGAGGUGAUAGGCCACCUCUAGAUGGCUAUUUACGGAUUGAGCAGAUGCAAAGGGUUUCCAUUAUUGCCUAUGGAAUAUUUUCUUCAUUGGCAGCCUUGGGAAUAGUUAUGGCAUGUAUGUUCCUGGCAUUUAAUAUUAAAUUCCGGAAACAUAGAUAUAUAAAGAUGUCGAGUCCAAAUAUGAACAAUAUGAUUGUUACUGGGUGUAUACUUACAUAUACUAGCGUGCUAUUACUAGGAACAGACGGGCGAAUAUUAUCACAUAACAGCUUUGCAUUUAUGUGUAACGCACGAGCUUGGGUAUUAAGUAUUGGUUUUACUUUAGCCUUUGGCGCGAUGUUCAGUAAAACAUGGCGGGUGCACGCCAUAUUCACCAACAUUAAAUUAAAUAAAAAGGUAAUCUAUACUUCAUAUUGUCAAUAUAGAAACAACAGCAGUAGCAAAAGCAUUAAAAGCGAAGAUAGUGAACGGCAACGAUUAAAAGAACGAACGUUGUGUAGGAGAGCAGCAUCUGAUAUCAAAAAUUGUGAGAAUGGUGGUAAAAUCAGCAUACUGUGCUUCAAUUUUCAUGAUACUUUGUUUCGUGUGGGAAGACCACAGUGGACAACAUUAUUCAACGUGGGGUCGGGCAAAAGUAGAGAAGAGAAGGAUAAUGGUGUGGAUACCAUUCGACUGGAAAGUUCAGAGAAUCCAGGAGUACAACCUGCGGGCCAUGUCAACUUUGCCGUUUAUAUGAGCUGCCCAGCUUAUGUUGUUGUCCACACUUACUCCCGACUCUCUGACGUUGUUGGAUACCAUGUUAAUGACGAUGGUCUUCAUGCAUUGUUGGAAGUUAUAUUUUUUGGAUUCGAGCAGGCUGAUAGCCGUUGCAUUUAUGCGUGGCUGUUGGCAAUAAAAGGAGACAAUGAAAUUGUUCCUGUUGUAGAGUCAUGCGCCAGUGAUUAUAUGACAAUAUGGAUGGGUCUUAUAUAUGCUUAUAAAGGUUUACUUCUGGUAAUUGGUUGUUUCUUAGCCUGGGAAACACGCCAUGUGAGCAUCCCCGCCUUAAAUGAUUCUAAAUAUAUCGGCAUGAGUGUCUACAAUGUGGUGAUAAUGUGUACAUGUGGAGCUGCCGUUUCUAUUAUCAUCAAAGACAAGCCCACGUCAGCUUUUAUCAUUAUAGGUCUUUUCAUCAUAUUUUGUACAACCAUCACAUUGUGCCUUCUCUUUGUUCCAAAGAUUAUAGAACUUAAAAGAGACCCUAAAGGAGAUGAACGUGCAAGAAUGAGAGCAACUUUUAAAAAACCUUCAUCCAAACAAAUUAGUAUUGAGCCACCAAAUACAGAAUUGCACCAAAAGCUGACUUUAGUGAGUGAUGAAAACAUGAGAUACAAACAAAUACUGGAACAGAAAAACAAAGAAAUCCAAGAACUGAUGGAACAAUUAGGAGAUGAAGCGAGUUUAUAUGAAACAUCAAUGAAAACACCAGUACAUAAAAUGGUAGAAUCAUUAAAAACUACUGAUACAUCUCCUAGCAAGUACUCGAGAAGCACCAUUACGUCGGAUGGCGAUUCCACAUCUAUGAUAUCUGACUUAAGUGCAGCGACGAGUAUAUGGCAAGUCGAUUCUCCAUCUGGUCAGCGAAUUUACCUUCGACUGCAUUCAUUAGGAGAUGACACUUCAUGCACUGAAAGUAUUGAACUUGUAGACUUCAGUAAGAAACCUACUUUUAAUAAAUUGACGCCAAUGAGAGAAGAAUUCGUCCAAAAUGAACACUAUGAUGAUACCUAUGCGACAGUAUUUUGUACAAAAUCAGAAUCCACGUCGAAGCACAGCUUAAAAAGCUCUACGGAGCAAGCCGAAGUUCCUAUUAUUCAACCAGCAGAGGAGGAGCAUCCUCUAGUCCACAAAUAUGCCCACAUAACUUUCUUAGAUGGCCCUGUGGGCGACGAUGAAUCAACGGACUCCUUGGCAAUAGACCAAACUAAAGAAGAAGAAGAAAGAAGCAUUAUCAGUGGUGACAUGCCAGGCCUAGAAGACAGUAGUGACGAAGACACUCUGGUUGACUAUGAAGAUUGUGAGCUGGCGGACAACCAACUGAGUGAAAGCCCGAGCAGUUGGCAUGAAACUUUCAGCGGCGGCGGAAUCACGUUCUCCGCGUCAUCAAACAGCAGUGAAACCCUCUUCCAUCCCAUCCCUGCCACCAGCAAUGACGAGAUUCAGACCAACAAUUGCAUUAAAGUCGAAGACAAUGACAUCAACAUUAUAGACACAGAAGCACUACAAAUAGCCAUAUCUCCCACUGCGACCACAACGACCAGCACCGUGAAUGACACUAACAUAUCUAGUAGUACGACUUCGAUCAAUACAGCAACAUUUUUAUUAGAAACAAUGUCAUCAUCAUCAGCAGCAACAUCGCCAGAAGAAGAACUAUUAACAGAAGCAUCUGCUACAAUUACACGCCAUAGAAAUAGCGAUUCUAGUUGGGGAUGUAGCCAUAGUGACUCAAGCUGUAGUUCCACAGGCAACAGUAAUGAAUAUAAUAAGAGCAGCGAUAGCAGUACUAAUAAUAACAAAAGAACCAGCAAUAUUAACAGUAGUAGCAGCAGCAGUAGCUGUAGCAGUAGUAGGGCUUGGAGAAGACGAAGCAACAGCAAUAAUAGUAAUAAUAGCAGCAACAGUAGGAUAACAUGCAGAAGCAGAGCAAGGUCUAGAUCUAGAAGUAUAAAGAGUUUAUCAUCAUGUGAAACUGUGUCAAACCGAGCAGAAAGCAAUCAGGAAUUAGCAGAAAACAACAACAAUAGUGAACCCAAUGAUAAUGAAAAUGCAGACACAAAUCAAAACACAAGAGAACAAAUAGAAGCGUGCGGCCUUCUUUCUUCCAAUAUUCCUGCAGUAAGUGAAUCUCAUAUAUGGAACACUUUGAACGUUGAGCAAUCUAUCUCGCUAGAACAGAGUGAAACAUACUUGGCAUCCACAGAUUGGCCGUCGGGAUCAAAGAGUGAAAAGGAUAUGGAAAAAGAAAGUUUUCUACAA